AUGUCUCGCCAUCAUCCCGACUUGGUCAUGUGCCGCAAGCAGGCUGGAAUCGCCAUCGGACGCCUGUGUGACAAGUGCGAUGGCAAAUGCCCGGUUUGCGACAGCUACGUUCGUCCUACGACCAUCGCCCGCAUCUGCGACGAAUGCUCCUUCGGAAACUACCAGAAUAAGUGUGUGGUCUGCGGUGGUGACGGCAUCUCCGACGCGUUCUACUGCUUUGAGUGUACACGACUCGAGAAAGACCGGGACGGUUGCCCUAAGAUCAUCAACUUAGGCAGUUCGAGGACGGAUCUCUUCUACCAGAAAAAGAACUUCAGAAAUCACUAA